CCAAAAGUUUAGGGCUCGUGGCGGGAGCGGGGCUGUAAUCGACGGAGUCGCGCGCUGGGAAGUUCGUCUGGCCAGCUAGAAACAAGGUUUUGGGGGACGCCAGGACAGGAUUUAGUAGCUCAGAGUCAGCUCGGAAAUGUGGAGGCCAGCAGUGUGGACAGUGUUUUUGGUGGGCUUAGCGGGGGUCUAUUACACAGGUGCUGUUCCAGAUGCUUUGAGUCUCAACGAUGCGUAUUCGCUCAUGGGGUUCAAGUCACAGAUAUGGAACGAUCCAUACGCUUCGCUGAGCAACUGGAAAGUGGAUCCGGCCGUGGGACACGCAUGCUUUUGGAACGGGAUCAAGUGCGCAGACUUGACGGCUUAUAGAGUUAGCUCGAUACAGCUGACGGGGUUGAGCUUAGUCGGACCGGUUGCUUCGAACAUAGGGGCGCUUUCGGAGCUCAGGGAAUUGAAUCUGUCCAACAACGGGUUCACGGGGGCCAUUCCUGCUGCUAUCGGACAGUGCACGAAGUUGACGGUGCUGGACUUGAGCCACAACGCUAUGAGUGCGGUCAUUCCCAACGAGCUUGGAUCGGUUGUUUCGCUGCAGAAGAUUUACCUGGGAUACAAUCAGUUCGUGGGAACUCUCAUGUUUCCGUCGUCUUUGACCGCCAUGACGGACCUGUCCGUGGAGCACAACAACUUCAACGGCUACCCGCUCGACAUACUCGUCAACUUGAAGAACAUCGUGUCCCUCAACUUGGGAUCCAACACCUUCUCAGGUGUCAUCGACAGCAAAGAUCUCACUCACUUCAAUUCGACUCUGAAGGAGCUUUUGCUGGGGUCCAAUCUCUUCCAGGGGCCGGUUCCUUCGACUCUUUCCUAUCUCGUUGGGCUCGAGAAGCUGGAUCUCGGGGGAAACAACUUGACAGGGGAUGUUCCAGUAGAGAUUCAGUUCUGUCCAAACCUGUACUACGUGAACAUGAGCUACAAUCAGCUGACAGGCGUCAUCCCGACGGUCUAUAACAAGCUACAGUCAUUGUCGGUUUUGGACUUGCGAGGGAAUGCGAUCACUGGGACUAUCAACAUGGGAAUUAUGGGAUGCACAAACUUGACAGACUUACGCCUUGGUGAGAACCAGCUGAACGGGACUAUUCCAGGGGGAUUUGGAAAUCUGGCCUACCUUAGCUACCUGGAUUUAUCUGGCAACAGUUUGACAGGAAAGAUACCCGCGGAGUUCGCCUCGCUGUCGCUGAAGACCUUGAAUCUGUCGUCAAAUCUCCUAACAGGCGCUCUUCUCGAAUUUAGCAGUAGUCUUGUGGAGCUCGACCUGGCAGAGAACAAUUUCGUAGGAUCUAUACCGCAGGUGUAUGGCAGCCUACCGAACCUGGAGUUUCUAUCGCUGGCAUACAAUAGUCUGACAGGUGAAAUCCCGUCUCAACUGGGAAACUCUGCCAAGCUCAAGACCGUCAACCUCACCGGAAAUUCCCUCACGAACAAGAUUCCUUGGGCUCUUGCUUCUGCAAAUAUGGCACUUUUCUCCGUCGCAAGCAACGCGCUCAGCGGUGAGAUCCCGGACACUUCUGCAAUGAGACGGUUCUCGCCAGAUGGCUUCCUUCCUGGCAACAUUCUGCUGUGUGGAGCUGUUAUCCAGAGAAGCUGUCCGAAGAAAGGCUUCCCAACGUGGGCCAAGGCUGUGCUAGGAACGUUCGUUCCGAUCGUCACAGCUCUCCUCGGGGCGUUACUCUUCCUGUGGUUGUUUCCGCACGGCGAGUACUCUGCCAAAACGGUCCGGAUGAUCACCGACGACUUCAACAACACUAAUCUCAUAGGUGUAGGAGGCAUGUCUACCGUCUACAAAGGUGUGUUUCCGGAUGGAAACCAGGUAGCUGUGAAGCGUCUCCGGCCAGAGUUUUACAACGCAAAGACAAACACGAACUUCAAUCUGGAACGCAAGCUGCUACUCGACGUCAAGCAUCCUAAUAUUGUCCAAGUUCUUGGAUCAUGCAACAGCGGGAACCUCAAGGUUCUCAUUCUCGAGAACAUGCCGAAUGGGAACCUAGACAUGCAUCCAAACCUGCCUUGGAGCCACAGAAUGGAUAUAGCUGGAGGAGUAGCACAGGCUUUGGCAUAUCUUCAUGGCGAGUGGCAAGGCGCUAACCCGAUGCAUUGCGACCUCAAAGCAAGCAGUGUCUUGCUGGACGAGAAGUUCAACGCACACAUAACUGACGUCCGCUUAGCAAACCAGAGCAGUACUAUUAUCAGCGACGGUACCUUCAGCGGAUCUAUCGGUUACAUGCCACCAGAGUAUGCACUCUCGACCGUUCCCACAAAAGCUGGUGACGUCUACAGCUUUGGGACUCUGGUGAUGGAGCUUCUGACUGGAGUAAAGCCAGACGCGUCCAUGCCAAUGGACUCUAAUCUCCAGGCGAUGGUCAGGCAAGCAUUUCCUGAUAAGCUCCACUCUGUGCUGGACCCACAGAUUCUCGACUACAACUUUCGUGAUCAAAUCACGAUGUGCACAAAGAUUGCCUUGCACUGCACAAACGAUCUGCCUAUCGACCGUCCAAGUAUGCGGGAUGUCCUCGACAUGUUCAGUCGGGCUUAUUCCAUCGAGCCAGCGAGAUCCUUGAGAUGAGUCACCAACACCUGUAUGCUCCCCAUUCGCUACACGUGGGCGUUCUGGAUGGCAAACACGUCGCGAGGUUGAUGGUUUGCGUGUUGGUACCCUGUCG